AUGUCUAACACUUAUUCGAACUACGAUCUUUCAGUUUUAGUUGAUUGUUUAAAACAAACGGGCCAUCAGUCCUAUAAAAGUUUUUUAAUAAAUGAACGAAAUUACAUUGUUGCAAAUCCACCGUAUUCCGACGCUUGGCGAAAACUCAAAAACCCUUCAUUUUGUGUUCACCAUGGAAAACUAUGCCCAAACGAGGCUAUAUAUUCAGAUGAAUUGCAAGAACAAGUUCUAGAACAUUUUUGGGAAGGUAUUAUUCAAGAACAUAAAAUUCAAGAACAAGUUCUAGAACAUUUUUGGGAAGGCAUUAUUCAAGAAUGUAAAAUUGGAUCUGAUUCAAAUUUUAACAAAUCUAGAAAGUCGCAUUCAAACAAACAAGUGAUCAAUGUUCUUGUAAAUUAUGACUGGAUGAUUCGAGAGCCGUCUUAUAGAAAAUCGCAAGACCAACCUUUGUGUGUUUCUCAAAUACCACAAAGAAAAUCAUCACGUAUUCCUAGACUUGCUUCCGCAGAAACUUCAGUACAAUCAAGAUCGGCUUUAAAUGAUGUUUCUAAUCUUUUUUCACCUGUAACUUACCAAGACAUUAAGGAGUUCAAUGAUA